AACUCAGCAGUGGUCUGCGCACCGUGGAUUCCCGCUUUCCUAGCCGCAACCUAUUUUCAACCCUGCGAGCGGCACCGCCACCACAAGAAGAACGAGUGCACGUUCUUCUGCAUCACCUGUGGCACAAGGCCACACAGCGUGUGCCAGCACUGCAUGGGAGCGCAUGCUGGGCACCAAGUUAUCCAGGUCCGCCGCUACGUGUACUGCGAUGUGGUGCGAGCUUGCGAUAUCAGCAACUUCGUCGAUGCCUCCGGUGUCCAGAAUUACAUCAUCAACAGCGCCAAAGUGAUGUUCCUGAACCAUCGACCGCACUCCAAGAUUGGCCGAGCCAACGGCGUCGACAUCUGCCGUACCUGCCACCGCCAGCUGCGGGAGGGGUACAGCUACUGCUCCCUUGCCUGCAAGGUACGGCACAGUACGAUCGUCGUACACUUGAAUGGCCUGUUAGUUUGA